AAAAUAUAUCGAUAAUGCAGAUGUCUAUAACUCAUGUAACCAGCCAGUGACGUGUAAAUAGAAUGGUUUUAUUAAAUAUUUAGUAAAAAUUUACGUUUUUUAUCGCAUAUCAAAAUGAAUUAUAAUUCCAAUUCAAGUAUGAGGCAUAGCGCAAGUCGUAAACCUAAACGGGUAGUUGAUGUGAAUGUAAUGGGAAAUCCAAUACCAUCGGCUGCACCAACAACUGCACCUUACAAUCCAUAUGAGAGCUUUCCCAUUGCAGCACCAAAUCCAAACUCAGCACCUCUAACAACAGAUUACAGGGGACCAUUUCCUCAAGGCCCUGUCGACCAGUAUCCGCAACAACCGUUUUUGGGUAAUCAACCACAAAAUCAUGCACCUCCUGGUCAUCAACCGUUUAAUGUAUUGUCACAGCCAGUCGUUCAAGAUAUGGCACUUCAAUACGGUCAACAGCUAGCAAGUACUGGAAGAAAAGUUGUGGAAAAAGAAAUAGAAAAAUAUGUUCCAGUAUCAAAAUUAAAAUACUAUUUUGCCGUAGAUACUAAAUAUGUUGUUUCAAAAUUAGGAUUAUUAUUUUUUCCAUUUUCUCACACUGAUUGGUCAAUUAAAUAUGAACAAGAUAAUCCAGUCCAGCCACGGUAUGAAAUCAAUGCUCCAGAUUUAUACAUACCAGUAAUGGCUUAUGUAACAUAUGUGGUGGUAGCUGGAUUAGUUCUAGGUAUGCAAGACAGAUUUACACCAGAACAAAUUGGUAUUUACGCAUCAUCAGCCUUAGCUUGGACACUUGUAGAAAUGGCUGUAUAUAUGGCAACACUGUAUAUAACAAACAUAAAAACAUCACUUCGAACAUUAGAUAUACUUGCGUACAGUGGCUACAAAUAUGUUGGAAUUAUAUUGAGUGUUCUAAUUAGUUUAAUAUUUGCUAAUACUGGUUACUACAUAGUUCUAUUAUACUGUAGUUUAGCGUUAGCAUUCUUUUUAGUACGUGCCCUUAAAGCACAAGUACUAUCCGAACAUCAGAAUGAUCCACGUCAGACAACACAUUAUGGGACAGAUGUAACAGCUGUAGGUUCCAAACGACGUCUUUAUUUUCUAUUAUUUGUAGCUUUAACACAGCCAUUGCUCAGUUGGUGGUUAUCUUUACAUCUUGUCAAGGCAACACCUCCACCAUCGUCAUAGCAUCUUCAAGUGAAAUCUUUUGUUUAGAUAAUUUUUAUUAAUUUUAUUUUUUAUAUAAAAAAAAUUUUGCAACUUUAAAUAUGAAAAAAAUG